AGGAGAAUAAACAAAACAUAAUUUAAUUAUUUGUUCUCCACCUGCCCUUUAAAAGACAUAACGGAGAAAAUGGCCAGACCUCUUCCCGUAAACCCGAGCUUCGUGCCGCCGACUCACGGCGUCCUGAAGUCGCUGCUGGAGAACCCGCUGAAGCUGCCUUUCCAUCACGACGAAGGAUUUGGGAAAGACCAGGAGAAAGAGAAGAAGCUGGACGAUGAGAGCCGCGAGGCCAGCCACCCGCAGUCGGCCUUCCUGGGCCCGACCCUCUGGGACAAGACCCUGCCCUACGACGGGGACAACUUCCAGCUGGAGUACAUGGACCUGGAGGAGUUCCUGUCUGAGAACGGCAUCCCGGCCAACACGGCCGCCCAGGGCGAGCAGGCCGGGCGGCGCCCGCAGGCCGCGCCACCCACCGCGCCCCCCGCCACGCCCACUGUGGUGGACCUCAGCGGCCGCGCCACCACCUCGGUUCACACGGGCAUGGCGCCUCAGAGCUGCCUCCGCACAGCAGCGCCGGCCUCGACCCGCGACUCCCCGUCCCCCAUCAACCCCGAGGUCCAUCCGGGUUUGCCCCUGGUCUACGAGCCGGACCAGGACCUGGCUCUGUCCAGAGUCCCCGGACAGGAGAUGUUCGACCCCAGGAAGUGCAAGUUCUCCCCCGAGGAGCUGAAGCCGCAGCCCAUGAUCAAGAAGGCCCGCAAGGUGUUCAUCCCCGAAGACCUGAAGGACGACAGGUACUGGGUGCGCCGCAAGAAGAACAACGUGGCGGCCAAGAGGUCCCGGGACGCCCGGCGGCUGAAGGAGAACCAGAUCGCCAUCCGGGCCUCAUUCCUGGAGAAGGAGAACGCCGCCCUCCGCAUGGAGGUGGCGGAGAUAAGGAAGGAGCUCGGCCGCUGCAAGAACUUUGUGGCUAAAUACGAGGCCCGACACGGGCCCCUGUAAGAGCCGCCCCCCCCCCUCACAUAAACAACCUGACCACGCCCUUUUUACUCCCCCCGAAUCCCCCAGCCUCCCCUCCAGUUUGAAGGACAAGUGCCCCCCCCCUUCAACACACACCUGUAUAUGAUUUGACUUCACAAGCUUCAAUUUGUUCCUCCUGUUUUUUUGUUCUGUGCUCGACUAAAAUACAUAUACACGUACUUUCUUCCCACUUUGAUGUACAGUGAGGAGUUAUGAGCCAACCCACGCCCCCCAGAUGAU